GAGGCUCUCUCAGUUUCACCGACGCCACUCUAGCUUUCGAGAAGAGGAGGUUUAGUCAGUUCCUUCUUCGUCGGCUUUUAGUCACGGAGAGUGGAGGCUUACAAAGCUCCGCGCUGCCGUCGUGGAACUCCAUGUCUUUUGGGUUGUGGUGACUGGAUCGAGGUUAUGAAGUUUGAUGUGUUUCGUGGGUCAGAUUUGGGCUCGUGGAUCGUAGCGGAUGAAAUCUCAAGAAGAUGAAGCUCUCUGGUGACGGUAACAAUGUAGAAGAGGAGGAUAGCGGUGGCUCUCGUUUUGCUUGUCUAGGAUUUCCGGUGAUUCAUAGGCGGAAGAGAUCUCGUUCAAACGAUUGAACUCUCCGGCGGGAAGACAAGGCGGCGUAGAAGAGCGAUGGUCUCACGGAGGCUCUGUAGUCUCAGAGCUCCGGCGAAACGUGGUGACGGUGGUAAGUGUCGGUGGCUGUGCGAGGAUGGGGCGUUCAAGUCGAGGCGGACGACGCGUGGCGGGCGAAUGAGCCAGAUUCUUACACGUGUUAAAUCCCAUGCCUUUUUGACGCGCGUUUAGGUCAAGCUCCGACGUAGAUGUUUGGGUCUUGGGUCAUUUUCAUUAUUUGGGCUUCGGCCGUUUUUAGUUUUCUGUGGGCUUUUGGUUUGUACUUUGGUGUACUCGGAUUUCGGCGGUGGGCUAGGCCCAUUUGAUCAAUAAAAAUAACAAUUUGGAAAAUAAAACAGAUCUGCACAAACGAAUUUUAAAAAAAAUCUAUGUGUAUAUUUCGCGUUGCAUUAUUUGGUGAUAGAACUAUUCGAAUUAUAUGAAUAGGUAGGGAGAUAGGUACAGAAAAUGAGAAGAAUCUUCAGUAAAAAAAGAAUCUACAUCACUAAGCCCAGCUAUAACGAUGAAAUAAAUAGGAGAAACCUAAGUUUUAGGUUUGAUCUGAAGAGGGAGUUCGCCCUAGCUCACGAAACCUCUCAGACACGGGAAUCGAGAAGCCGCCACAAGCCAUGUCUCUUGACGCCGGCGGUGCCCCUUGCCGUCGGCGUCGACUCCUCCGCCGCUCUGCUUCCGCUUCUCUUCUUUUCUUUUGCUCCAUUUUCGUUUCAAGCUUCAGCAUCUCUUUCUGCAACUCGUUGAUUCCGGUUCUUUCCAUGGAUACGUACGGUUCUUCUCGACAGCCCGCGUCACCACCGCCUCGUUUCAACCCUCGGAGAUCUCUCGACGGGCUCAGUCAUUCGAGGCCUCCCAUCUCGUCGAUGGAGUACAUGUCGGGGUCACCGUCUGUUGUCUCUCUUCUACUGUCUCCGCCGCUCCCUUCCACUCCUCGCCGCCAAGUCUCCCCUGUCUGUCGAUUUGAAUCCAUCAGAUCUGAACUCCACUCCGUCGUAGAUCUACUCCGGUCCUCCUCCGACACUCUCACCUCGACGCCACCGCAGUCUCUCACCCUUCAUCUCGCGGUGUUAAAAGCUCCGACUCACUUUCUUAUAUGGAGUCACCGCUCACAUCGAAACGGUUUUAACACCUCGUCACCAUCUCCAACACAUUUGUGGUUUCCUCUUUGGUAUAGAUUCGCGAUUCACCGCUGCAUCUCACCGUCUCUGAACCGGUAUGCCGCUUCACCAACCAUCGAAGCUUCCAUAGUGAAGUUUUCGUCUAAAGCUACGACCGCUCAAAAGAUCCAUAGCUCUUCAACCGACGGUAUAACGCCUCUCUCCCUUGUCGCUGGAUCUAUUGUGCAAGAGUGUAGAUUCGCCAGAUUUUCUCGAUACUAUGUUACUGCUGCGUCUCCAUUACAUUAUGCCGUCUCAAGCAUCGACGGUUCUUCACAUAGUCAGCUCUACGGUCCUGUGCAAGAGUGUGGACUCGCCAGUUCUUCAUGUUGUUACGUUAUCGCUGUGCCUCCAUCACACUACGCCGUCUCAAGCAUCGACGGUUCUUCACAGAGUCAGCCCUAUGGUGCCCCCAUCCCUAUCCUUGUCGCAGAAACUAUUGUGCAAGAGUGUGGACACGCCAGAUUUGCUCGUUUCUAUGUCAUUGUUGCGUCUCCAUCACAUUAUGCCGUCUCAAGCAUCGACGGUUCUUCACAGAGUCAUCUCUGCGACUUUCCCACCGGAGCUGUUAUCUUCUAUGGAGUUUCCCGGAACUCUUGCUUUCAAAAUCCAUUAGUUGGGCUAUUCAACGUCGAUUUCGACCUAUGUGCGUUUCUUCGAACGCGAGCUUUAGGACUACAAGUGAAGUGUCUCUAUGGGUCUCUUCUCUCCUUAGCCACAUCUAUCUUUCGACAUGUUUUAGUUAUUUUCGUCUAUCAGCUUUAUCGUCGAGAAUCUCUCCAGUUGUAACCGACUUAGCCCAUUGGGUCUUUAAUUUUAAUAUAAGUAUUUCGUGUUAAAAAAAAAAAAUAGGAGAAACCUAGCUACGCGAACAACCAAUCAUAAGAGUUCUAAGAAAACAUUGCAUUUACUUCCGAUAGCACAAAACUCAACAUGUAGCAUCCAAGUGGUCCAUCAUAUAGAUAUUCGGACAUUACUAAAAUCGCAAUUACGUUCAUUCCUUCCUUCCUUGUAAGGUAUAUUACGUUUCCAACGCAUACUAAUUUCAUAAGUUUAAUA